UCGCAUUUUUGUGCUCAGUGUCUGCUAGAACAUAACAAAUUUCCGGCGUUAAGAUCUCACCAGGUUUUAGAUAAGACCAGACAGAGUGGACGGAGUACAAACGAAACAACUGAAAUGAACAUGCCGACGGAGAGGUGUUCAGUGCACAAUGGAAAGUUGAUUGAUAUGUUUUGUAAAGAUCACGACAAAGUGUGUUGCUCUGCUUGCGUCGCAAUUAAACACAGGGCGUGUGAACAUGUUGAAUCUCUGCCGGACAUAGCUAAAGGCAUACAGGACAGUAAGGUGUAUACAGACACCAAAACUUCGCUGCAGAAUGUACUAACAAGGAUGGAAAAGGAAAGAAACACAAGGAAAGAUAAACUUAGAAACGUUGAUCAGCAGAAGGAUGAAUUGUUAGAAGACAUAGAUGCCUUCGAAACGGAGCUCAUUCGAAAGAUCAAUGAGCUUUCUAAAACUUCAAAGGAGCAAAUUUGUUCGCAGCACCAAAGAUGCAAGAACAAAAUUGAAUACAAUUUAAAUGUGCUGGAAAAUGUCAUUUCAACAGCGACAGCCAGUGUGCAAAACUUGUUAGACAAAAACGAAUGCCAGUUGUUUAUGAAUGUUAAAACAAGUAAAGAGUUGAUAAAAGAUUGUGAAGCACUCUUGAACGACCUGUCUGCCGGAAAGACAACUGAAGAGUUCAAAUUCGUGUUGAAUCACGAGAUUAAAAGGAACCUUACUUCUCUUGGUUUCGUGCAGUCGUCUGAUGAGGUAGCUCAAGUUGUGAAGAAAUACGAUGCAUCAUUAUAUGGAAGAUUCCUUAUUAACCCAAAAUAUUGCGAAAUAACUGGGAUAUGUGUGAUGGAUGACGGGACACUGGUGAUUGCAGAUAAUACAAAUUCACAAUUGAAGAAACUGAACGAAACCUACGCAGUCGAGCGUCGUAUUGAUGUUCGGGGAAAACCGUAUUCGACAUGCAAAGUAGGGCCAAACGAAGUUGCUACAGUUCUAUGCAGUCAAUGUUACAACUACAAAGUACUUUUUGUAGAUGUUGGGGUAAAAAUGAAACCCGGAACCACAUUUGAUAUUAAUGGACAAGCAUCAUCGGUUUCCUACGAUGCAAAGCAAGAUGCUUUAUUUGUUUGUAACAAAAAUCAAGUUUCUGUUUAUACGAAAUCGGGAGUGUUGUUGAGAACAUACGAAAAAAACGAAUAUGACAUUACAUUGUUUCAGUUCGCAACAAAAUUAUCAUUCAGCGCAUCCAAUGAUGUGAUGUUUGUCACCGAUAGGCGGGACAAAGAACUGAAAGCAUUGACCAAACACGGCCAAGCGGUUUGGAUAUUUACAGACCCAUAUUUGGAGGAACCAAGGGACGUUUGCGUUCUUCCUGGUGACAUCAUAUUACUUAGUGAUUACGAGUCGAAUAACGUCUUACAAAUUGACAGCAGUGGAAAGAAAAUUGGUCUGUUUCUAGAGAUACUACGUCCUCUGGCCCUAGCGUUUAAUAAAGAAAAUUACAGACUUAUAGUAGGAAACUGCUCAAAUGAAAUACAGGUGUACUCGUUAUCUAGAAAAUAGAAACAUAUAUCAGCACACUUAUUUUUGCUUUGGACAUUUAGUGACCCAUGUCACUAGGAACAAAGGACGUUUGCGUCCUUUCUGGUGACAUCAUAUUAGUUUGCGAUUUUAGUUCAAAUAACGGCUAACAACAAAGCAGUUGAAAGAUAAUUGGCUUGUUUCUACAGAUACAAAGUCCUCUGGUCCUAGCAUUCGAAGAAAAAAGAUAGAUUUAUAGUAGGAAGUGGCUCAAAUGGAAUACAGGCGUAUUCAUUCUAUAGAAAAUAGAAACAUGUAUAUGCACAUUUAUCAUUAAUGUCUUAUCUUUGCAUGCAGUGAAUAAAUAAUAUUACAUGUG